AUGGAGGAUGCCCCCGUGUCGCCCGCUGAGCCGGUGAGUUUCCCCGUGGCGGCACGGAGAGGGAUAUCUAGCCGUCGCAUCGUGUUCAAGGAGCUCCCGCAGCGGCUUCGACACAUGCCCGAGUGCGACGGUAUGAGCCGACAUCUUCACGCACGCGUCGAAGCGGCCCACGACGCUGUCGCGGCUCACAACGAGCAGUGGAAGGCCAAGUAUUGCGACGUCCUCGGGCACUUCUGCAAGCUGCUGCGUCGGACGCCUCUGCUCGAGCGCCUCGCGGGGGGAGAAACGAUCGCGUACACGUUUCAAGAGCUCAACUCCAAGAUGGACGAGAUCUGCGUGGGCGUGGGCGUGAUUGCCUCGUCCGCUGCAGACCAGUGGAAGGAAGAUUGGGUCAGCGACUGCCAGGCCCAAGCCGCGCAAUUGAAGAAGCUCGUUCGAGCUGCGGGACCCUCCAUGCUCAUUCGAGCGGUGGGUGACGAGAAGCAGGCGCGGCUAGCGAUGAUGGACAUGUACUUGUCGCUCGAAGAGGAGGUGUUGGGGCCACUCACACAGCUUAAGCGGGAGACACUUGGUCGCUUGUGUGCUCUCCUUGGCCUCGAGACCCUUGACAUCACGGCCGAAAUGCUGGGUGCAGUGAUCCAGAACGUCGUGGUGACGUCGCUCUAUGACGUGACUUCGUUCUCGGGGUGGUCAUUUCUGAGGCACUUGCAGCUCUGGUACGAACUGCCCAAGCACCGCAACAUCAUUCGUCUCUUUGGAAGUUCCCACCUCGCCGCGAAGCCCUUCUUCGUGUGCGAGGAUGCCCCGGGUGGUGACAUUGUCCAGUUCUUGGGUAAAGAGGAAAACCGAGGGCAGCUGUGGAGCAUGUUUUUCGAAGUGGCGGAGGGGCUGAAGGUACUCCAUGAUCACCAUAUCGUGCAUGACGGUUUACGAGGCAGCAACAUCCUGAUAGGAGAGAACCACACGCCUAAGAUUUCGGACUUCGGCUACGUGAGUAUCCGUACGACAUCGCUGAGUUUGAGUGCAAGCUUCAGUAUGAACAGCUUGUUUCGUUGGAAGCCUCGAGAAAGAAUGGUGGAAACUACCAAUGACCGCUACAAGUCGGAUAUCUACUCCCUUGGAAUGUGCAUCAUCGAGGCCAUGACUCAGGACAUCCCCUUUGGGACUGACGUCGACGAUGACGAUGUCGCAGAGAUGAUCAUUGCAGGGAAACCAUACAAACGCCCCGACACAAACAUGACGGACGAGGAGUGGGGCGUCAUCAGUCGCCUUAUUGCUGUCGACAUGAACGAGCGCCCGGAUAUGAACGAGACUAUCUCACUCUUGCGCAGUCUGGCGCCACCGGCGGCGUGA